GUUUGUUUUGGCUUUUUCUGACGUUAGAAGCGUGAACCCCAUCUUCAUCAGGAGGUGUAAAAAACGCGAUAAAUAAGCAUAAAGCAACCUGUGCGAGUGGUCACGUUUUGAGCUACACAAUGCAGAGACUUCAACUUUUGAAGGACACGUUUUUUGGGCUGGAUGUUGCACAACAGCAGCUUCUUAUUGGGUGUGCUGUGGCAGCAGCUGCGGCAGGUGGAAUCCUGACCUAUGCAAUGCAGAGAAGAAGCAAAAUGAGAACUAUCCCUGUUGGUGAGGGAUGGUGGGGAGCAGGAGAAAAACCACUCUUAGAGGAUCAAAAAAUAUACCCCUUUACAGUGGAAACGUCAGAUGAAGAGAUUGAGGAUCUCUAUGAACGCAUUGACAAAACCCGGUUCACUGACCCUUUGGAGGACAGUGGCUUCCAGUAUGGCUUCAAUUCCACUUAUCUUAAGAAGGUGGUUUCUUAUUGGAGGAAUACGUUUGACUGGAAAAAGCAAGUGGCCAUGCUGAACAAGUAUCCACACUUCAAAACCAAAAUAGAAGGACUGGACGUGCACUUCAUCCAUGUGCGCCCACUACAGAAUGGGGACCAGAGGGCUCUGCCGCUCAUGCUUGUUCACGGCUGGCCUGGCUCCUUCUAUGAGUUCUACAAGAUUCUUCCACUUCUCACGCAGAACCAAAACAGAAUUGCGUUUGAGGUUGUGAUCCCCUCCAUACCUGGCUACGGCUUCUCAGAAGCCCCUCAUAAGAAAGGUUUUAACAGUUUGGCUGCUGCUCGGAUUUUCCUCACACUCAUGGAGCGCCUGGGCUUCUCCCAGUUCUACCUACACGGAGGAGACUGGGGCUCGCUCAUCACCACCAACAUGGCUCAGAUGAGGCCGGACUGUGUCAAAGGGCUCCACCUAAACAUGUGCAUGUCAAAUAGGGGUUUCAAAGUGUUACUCUCCAUAAUCAUUGGGCCUUACUUUCCCUUCCUGGUCGGCUUGAGCCAGGAAGACGUUCGCAGGAUGUUCCCUUUCUUUCAGAAGAAUGUGUGGGAGAUACUGCAGGAAUCUGGCUACCUUCACAUUCAGGCAACUAAACCUGACACAGCCGGACGUGGACUGAAUGACUCGCCUGUGGCCUUGGCGGCCUACAUUCUGGAAAAGUUCUCCACCUGGACUCACCUAAAGAACAGAGAUCUGGAGGACGGUGGGCUGGAGAGAAAAUUCAGCCUGGAUGAUCUUUUGACGAACGUCAUGAUCUACUGGACCACAGGCUCAAUCAUCUCCUCCAUGCGGUUCUACAAAGAGAACUUUAGCAGCAACCUCUAUGACAGGAUUGACACUAGGACGGGGAUAUUUGUGCCCACUGGAGUGGCUGCUUUCCCCCAGGAGCUCAUGCAUUGCCCCAAAUCCUGGGCACAGAUCCGGUACCAGCACAUCGUCUCCUACACCUUCAUGCCCCGAGGCGGACACUUCCCCGCCUUGGAGGAGCCCCGGCUCCUGGCCAACGACGUCAUCCAGUUUGCCAAAACAGUAGAAAAUCUCUGAAAGUCUUCUGACUAAAACAGUUGUAUGGAUUUUAUUACAAUCAACAUAUUAAGUUCCACAAAUAC